CAUAUCAAACAUCCAGAAAUAAAAAUUAUUCCUAGAAUAGCACAAAAAGAAAUAUAGAUCAAAUGCUAGCACUAUCUCCUUCAAUGUUUUCAACAACCCAUGGAUGGGCUUUGGAUGAUUUCAUCACCCAAAAUCUUUCACAUGAUUGCAAUGAAGCAAACUCAUAUAAUCCAGUUCUUGAUAUUCAUACAUAUGAUCAGUUCAAGUGUGAUUUAGCACCAGAACUUUCUAAUUCUUCUGGUGAAACUGCAAAGUAUGGUGGUACUGGAGACGAGAUGAUGGAGGUGAAAAAGCUCAAUCAUAAUGCAAGUGAAAGAGAUCGCCGAAAGAGGGUUAAUGAGUUGUAUGCAUUUCUUCGCUCAUUGCUACCCAUUCCAAGUGAUCAAAAGAAAAAGUUAAGUAUCCCGAAUACAGUAUCGCGUGCACUUAAAUACAUACCCGAACUACAAGAGGAAGUGGAGACAUUAAGAUGUAAAAAGGAUAAAUUGUUGUCUUAUAGAAGGAAAGAACAUUCCGACAUCAGGACACAAAGUGCUGAAGACCCAAAAUCAAAAUCAUCGGUAGUUUCUUCUGUGAGCAGUUUAGGUGACAAAGAAGUUGUCAUCCAGCUGAUAUCCUCUGUGGAUCAAAUGAGCAAGAACAAGAAGAUUAACUUAUUGUCUAAGGUUUUGGACUGCUUAGAGCAGGAAGAAGAUGAACUUGUUUUGAUUAAUGCAACUACCUUCAAAUCUUCUAGUGAAGGGAUACUAUUAAGCACUUUGCAUCUUCAGGUGCAAGGGGAUCAUAAAAUAGAGGUCGAAAAGUUGAAAGAGAAGCUCAACACUUUCCACCAUUGAUUAGAUGAGCAUAUACUAAUUGUCAAUGGCUAUAGAUAUGAUGCAAGUAAUCAUCACACAUAUAUAUUGUAAUUAGUAGGAGUUAAAUAUAAUUAAGUCCAUAGGGUAAUAUCGUUUGAUUCGAUGCUAAAAAUGUCCUGUUUAGACGCACCAGUUCAUGUGUUGUAAUUAGUAUGUGUCAAUGUAAAGAACAGUAUGACGAUAUCAAUAUCGUGUAUAAUCAAGAUUCGAGUUUCUGUGUUAA